UGUAAACUAUCAAUUUUAUAAUGAUUUAUAAUUUACAAUUUUAUUAAUUAUUUUAAUGUGAAAGUGUGUGCUAAUUAGAUGAUGCGUAUGAUUAUGAUCUAAUAUGAGAGGAGCUCAUUGAAACAGCAGGAAACAGUCCUGAUAUAGGCUAGCUCUGGGCGAGCGAGCGAGCGUGCGUGCGUGCGUGUCACUCAUAUGUGUGUACAGUGAGGUGAGUAAUGAGCGCGAGAGCGGCUGUUUGUCUGAGCGCCUUCUGCUACCUCUACACUACGGGCUGGAAUAUGCAGACAGCGUCUCCAACAGCGGAGUCAUGAUCUGCCGUCUUCUCCGGGACUCGUCUAACGCUCGGAGCCGAAGCCGAACAACAUUUUGAAGCAUCUGAUAUUUAACCAGCGGCUUUCCUUCGGGGCAUCGCGUUGGUCGCUUAACACAGCCGAGCAGGAUCUUGCGCAGUGGCGGCGGACACUUCGAGUGAUGUCGGCUGGCCGUCACUCUUGACAUCGGCCUCCGCACGCAGACUCACAGCGGAAUGGGAUCAGUGUGCAUGCAGUGAGGAGACGUCGGAAUGCACUUGCUUGUUGGACCUUCAUCCCAGUGAGCUGUCUUUGCAGUCUCACUGACAGACAGACACAACAUAUUGCUGCAACCCAACCCCCUCAGUUUCCUCUCCAUCACCAGCCAAUCAAAUGCACUCUGAAAAUAAACUAUCCAAUCAUGGCAAGCAAGUGACAAGCGGGGCCCAUUCACAGCUCCCCAAUGUAAACCAAGUGCAGCAGCAAGGACCUGCUGGCAACCAAGGGUCAAAGGGCAGUGGGUCUGGGAACCAUGGAGUCAAAUCCAACCAGAUUUCUCCUGGCAACCCUGGACUGAAGAGCCUCAACCAAACAGGCGGUGGAGUUGGUGGGAUAAUGAAGACCAAGGCAAAGAGGGAAAGGAGCGUCUCCAUGGACACGGGAGACCAAAGAGAGUCACUCACCCCUGUUUUGGAGCCAGAUGCCAAAGUAGAGGGAGUGAUGCGCAGCAAACGCCGGUGUGUGCUGGAGAGAAAGCAGCCGUACAGUGGUGAUGAAUGGUGCUCAGGGGCCGAAACUGAGGAAGAGGAUGAGAAACCCCUUUCUGCCACUCACCGUGAGCAUGUGAUGUGUCCUAGUCAGGGCCACUCUGGUUCAUCUGCCACAGGCCAUGUUAGUGAUCCAGGAGGUCCAGCACUAGGUGGACCUGGUAUUCGCACAGAUCUGCAUCCUCGCCCCCCUCAGCAAGUAGUGUAUGUCUUCACCACCAGCCUAGCCAACAGUGCUGCAGAAGCGGUGAUGCAUGGCCACACAGACUCCAUCCUCUUGUAUCACCAGCAGAAUGUCCCUCGUACCAAGCUGGAUCAGUCUUCUGGCAUUGGAAAACUCUCCAACCUGACAGAGCAGAUCAGCUCUACUCACAGUCCGCCCAUUGGCACACCCAAAUCCCAAAGUGGUACACCCCGGCCACCUUCUGUUGGUGGAGUUGUUGGAGGACACCUUCCAGGUACCAGUACUCCUUCUUCUACAGGGCAUCCAGAUGGUGAGCCAGCCCAAACCCUCCGAGGAGGAGGCUCUGCAGUUCAUUCACUGGGCCAAGGAAGUUCCGGCCCACAGUCUGUGGGAGUUUCAGGACCAGACGGAGUGGACAGGCCAGGUACUAUUGCCCACCAUGGUGCAGGUGUGUCUCCUUCGUUAAGUCCCUCUGCAUUAUCUGUACACCGUCAGAGCGAACCGGGCCAACGUGGAGGGCCAAGAAACACAGAUGGCCUGUCUAAGGAGCAGUUGGAACAUCGUGAACGCUCUUUACAGACUCUUCGAGAUAUUGAGAGGUUGCUUCUCCAUACUGGAGCCGGUGCAGGCCACGAGGAACCAAGAGGUCCUAAUGGCAAUCCUAAUGGCACUAAUGUUAAUAACAAUAAUAGUAAUGAUGGAGGUAGAGGUUUGGAAGAUGGUGAGAAUGGUGGGGGGAAUACUGGUAAUUGCCAUAGCAACAAUGCUGGUAUACCUGGUAUGCCCCCUGUUGGUGGAAUGAAAAAGUAUGAGGAGCCGUUACAGUCCAUCAUUUCACAGACACAUAAUCUUGGUGGGCCUGGAUUGGAUGACUCACUGAUGGGCCCACGCCAUGUUAUGCCACCACAUUCCCACCACCUCUCCUCACCCUCAGGGUUAGACAUGGGGCCCCUUCUGGGACCCGAAGGUGUAACACCAGAGCAGCUAGCUUGGAGGAAGCUACAAGAAGAGUACUACCAGGAGAAAAGGCGGCAACACGAGAUGAACCCCCACCAACAUCCCCAGCAUUUCCGCAUGAUGCCAGAGAUGGGCAUGCCUGGGGGGCCUCAAAUGCUGAUGAGGGGACCCCCACCACCAUAUCAUAGUAAACCUGGUGAUCAACAGUGGGGGCCAGGGCCAAUGGUAGGGGGAGGAAUGGGAGGGAAUUCACGACUAAAAGACAUGCAUCAGGAAGGUCCUCGGGGGCCAAGGUUUCUUGGACAGAUGCGAGGUCCUUCAGGGGGUGGGGAUUACCCAGAAAGUCUUGGAGGAAUUCUAGGUAUGGAGGGGUUAGGGCCUCAAAGACCUCCAAGGCCAGGAAUGGGUUGGCUAGACGAGAUGCCUCCAAACAUGGGUGGUGGAGGCCCAUUUCAUGGGUGCUAUCCUCCAGGGGGGCCUGGGGGACCUCACCAGCCCUUUCAGGGUGAUUUGGAUCGCCCCAUAACACGGGAAGAGAUGUUCCGCAGACUCCAUAGAUUGGACUUGCAGCAAAUGUCCAGACAGCAACAGCAGGCAGGACUUGGAGGUCCUAGGAUGAUGGAUAAUACUGGGGGACCAGGCUUCCCCAAUCCUGGAAUGGGAGGAGGCCCGCCCUCCCGUGGUGAUCCAAUGGACUUUCCUGGUUCUCGGACUAUAAUGGGCUCUCCUAUUGAUGGAGUAGGCAGUGAUGGUGGCCCCACAAUGAGAGACAUAGUUGACUCUCCUUUAGGGGGUAACCUCAAUAUGAAUAUGGGCAUGAAUAUGAAUCCACAGGGGCAGCAGUUGUUGGUUCAGAAGCUGAGGGGGGGUCCUGGAAUUGGCAGACCGCUUGGGGAGAUGUUGAACCCUGAUGACAUCUCCCGCAUUAGGGCUUCACAGAAUGGCCGGGGUGGUGCUAACAAAGGAAUGAUCCCUGGCCCAGAUGGACCUCUUCAGUUUCCCAACCAGAGCUCCUUUCCUGGUAGUCAGGGUGAUGGCUCAUAUAUGCAGCAGCCAGGCCCUGAUAUGUUUGGACCAGACCAGCCAGGUCCUCCCCACAUGAGCAACACCUCAAGACUUAGUCACAUUCCCAUGAACCCUGGCUCAAGAGGUACAGACCUUGGUGCCCGACACCCUCCUGAUCUGCCCAUUAGUGUUAACCCAAUGGGUUCCCCAGCUAUACCCCCAUCUCACCAGCUCAAAUCGCCCUCUCUUAGUCAGGAGCCAUCACCCCUCAUGCCUUCACCCUCUGCAGCAGGCCUGAAAUCACCCAGCCAACUACCACAGAGUGGUCCAACUCACCCUCCUCUACUUGCAGCCUCUGGGGCUGGAACACCCUCUUCGACCUCUAUCAAGUCCCCCCAGGUAAUGGGCUCUUCUCUUGGUCUUCGCUCACCGUCUGGCUCCCCUGGACACCUUAAAUCUCCAACCAUGCCUGUUGCUUCACCUGGCUGGAAUGCCUCACCCAAGACUACUAUGCCUAGCCCUGGGGGGCCUCCUAGUGUCAAGGUCGCAGGCAAUGGAGGUAGCAGCUCCACUGAUACAGGUAUGUCCCUGCCACCUAGGAGUUCCAACUCAACACCCAUCAGUCAGCCAUCCAACUCUAUCAAUCCUAGUAUGCCUUUCACAUCCUCACCAGAUGUCCCUCCCUCCCAGAAUCCUUUAUCCCUAAUAAUGUCUCAGAUGUCAAAGUAUGCCAUGCCUAGUUCCACUCCGCUGUACCAUGAUGCCAUCAAGACAAUUGCCACAUCAGAUGAUGAGAUGCUACCCGAUAGACCCCUCCUACCUGGAAUAAACAUGCCAGUAGGCAACAUGGGAAAUCACCAGUCUACGCAGAUGCUUCUCACCUCAAUGGGACCUCACAGCGGUCCGCAAAGUCCAAUGGGAAUGGUUCUCCAAGGAGGCCCACAGCUAUCCCACGAUCCUUCUGGACCUAUGCUCCCAUCCCCUAACCCUAUGGGAAUGCCAGGAAUGACCUCAGCAAUAAUAGGAGGUGGAGGGGGACCUCCGGAUGGAAUAGGGCCUUGUAAUGUUUCCCCAAUGCUUCCCCAAAACCACAUGGGAGGAUUCCCUCGCAUGCAGGGACCUCUUCACUCCCCUAUUGGUGGAAUGGGGCAGCAGUACCCCCAGCGCCCCGCAGAGGUCUUACCACCCCAACAGAUGCACCUUCUAAGCAAAGGCAUGUCUCACCAGCGGCCUCCUCACCAACCAGACUCUUUUCCAUCCAUGCCCAUGGCUGAUGGUCCAGACCUGAGUGAGGUCAUCAGGCCUACACAUACAGGGCCCAGCAGCACCCUGCAGUACUUCCCCAAAAGUGAAGCCAUGUCCCAGCCACAGCAAAAUCCACACCAGGGCCAGCUGCCUCCACAUGCUGCUUCUGCUCAACUUCUUAAACAGCUCUCCUCAUCUGGACCUCCACAUAGCAGUGUUCCCUCCUCCAACCCCCAUAUCGCUAACCUACAGAUCAUGAUGGCUGAGCAACAGCUGCCUCUACACCCCUCACAUUCACAUUGUGGAAUGCGGCCAGGUAUGGGCAUGACUCAGAUCGGUGCCAGGGGCAUGGGAUCAGGAGGUGGGAUGGGGCCCAUAUGCCACCCAGGGCACAUGAUGGGCAGGACAGGCAUGUCUCCACAACAACAGCUCCAGCAACAACAUCACCAUGAGCAGCAGCAGGCCAUGAUGGCCAACAACCUCUUACAACACCCAUCCCACCCUCCCCGGGGCAUGCUGUCUCCACAGCAGCACCCUCAUAAUCUUAUGGCCCAGCAGAAUCUAAUGAUUAUGCAGGCUAAGCAGCGGGGCAUGGCUCUCCCUGGGGAACACUUUGGCCAGCAGGGUGCCCUCAUGUCCCCUCAGGGGCCUAUGAUGGGACCUCCACAUUCACAGUCGGGCAUGAUGGGCCCCCAGAGUCUUAGACAACGGAGCAUGUCCUUGGACAGCCCAUUGGGCUAUGGGCCUGGAAGUAUGGCCAACAUGCCCUUUUAAUCUGGCUUCUCUGUAAAACUGUAAAAACCUUGUUUCUUAAUGGCUAUUUCUCAUUUGGACGUUUUUUUUUUAUUGCCACUGACUAACUGUGGCAAUCAGAUGCUAAACAUAUUGGUUUUAGUAAUAAUUUCUUGAUGCUGAAGUUAUCUUUUGGUGAAAAGAAAACUGUUGAGGGUUAUAAUUAGAGUUAAGUAACACAAUCUGAAGCCAUUUUUUAAGAUAAUUGUAAAAUAUGUAUAUUUCAGAUCAAUGUGUUUGAUUGCAAAGGCAAAAGGAAAAAGCCUCUGGGUUUCUAUGUUCUAAUUACAUUCUGGCUACCAAACUGUUGUGGAAGGUAAUAUAUAAAUAUCUCUAUAUAAAUAUAAUAUAUAUAUAGUUGCUGUAAAUAAGAUGCAAUUUGUGCUUGUUUGCAACUGUUCUGUAUACUGUGUUUUAUUAGAAAUCUAAUAACAA